GCUCCGCGCGCGCCUCUUCUCUGUCCCUUCCCAAGUCGAACCCACGAAUCAAAAUCCGAUCUUUAACGUCGCGGUCUCUGCAAAAUCACUUCUUUCCCGUGUCGGUUCGUAGUUAAGGCGGGAUAUCGAAAUGGGUUUUGGUUGGAGGAGGAGGAGAUCGGCUGCGGGGAACAAUGGGAGCAAGAAGCAAGAGGGUGGCAUUGGUGAUCGUCGGGAGCUGGAGCUGCAGGAGCUCGUGAUCCCGAACCACUUCGUGUGCCCGAUCUCGCUCGAGCUCAUGAGAGACCCGGUCACGCUGUCGACCGGGAUCACGUACGACCGCGAGAGCAUCGAGCGGUGGCUCGAGGCCGGCAACUUCACGUGUCCCUUGACGAACAAGGUGCUCUCGAGCUUCGACCAGGUACCGAACCACGUGCUCCGCUGCAUGAUCCAGGACUGGUGCACCGAGAAUUGCCGCCAUGGGGUCAAGAGGAUCCCCACCCCGCACGUCCCCGUUGCCCCGUUUGAGGUGUCCGAGGUUCUUUUAGGUAUCGAAGGCGCGUCGCGGCAUGUCGAUCAUGCCAAGUGCGCCGAAUUGGUGGGGAAGAUCGAGAAGUGGGGAGGCGAGAGCGAGCGGAACCGGCGCUGCAUCGUCGCGAAUGGGGCGGCUAGCACGUUCGCCAGGGCAUUUGAUGCAUUCGCGGCCACAUCUAAUUAUAGCCAAAUCGGCGCAAAUCUGUUGGAAGAAAUAUUAAGCGCAUUGAGCUGGAUGUUCCCACUUGAUACUGAAGCUCAUCACUACUUGGCAUCACAAUCAUCUCUCCAUUGUUUGGUUUGGUUCUUGAAGAACGGAGAUACAGAAGCCAAGAAACAUGCCAUUUUAACCCUCAAAGAGCUUUCUCGCGAUGAGAAACAAACAGAGGCAUUGGCAGACACGGAAGGAUUACACGAAACAUUGGUCGAGUUCAUCGAACACCCGAUUAGCCCCACGAUCACGAAAGCCUCUCUCUCAGUGACGUUCAACCUCAUUUCUUCUUUCCCUUGUGGUGAUGAGGAGAGAUUGGUAUUUGUCGAGAUGUCUUUGGUCUCCAAGCUCUUGGAAAUCCUCAUCGACUCCAGUGACAAGAGCGUAUGCGAGAAGGCUCUCAGUGUUCUUCACGGACUGAUGGGGUGUGAACAAGGGAGAGAAAAGGCGUAUGCGAAUUUGCUGACAGUUCCGAUCCUAGUGAAGAAGAUCUUGCGUGUAUCGGCGACGGCGACUGAGUUCGCGGUAUUGUCUCUUUGGAGGCUUUGCAAGCACGAGAGUAGAGAUCAUCUAGAGAGGGCUUUGGUGGAGGCCCUUCAAGUUGGUGCAUUUCAGAAGCUUUUGCUGGUGUUGCAACUGGGUUGCCCCGACGAAGCAAAGGAAAAGGCGACCGAGUUGCUGAAACUGAUGAAUCCAUAUCGAGCCGGAUUGGAGUGCAUCGAAUCGGCGGAUUUCAAGAACCUCAAGAGAUCAUUUUGAGCUUUGUAGGAGGAAAUCAUUUUUUGGAUCAUUUGUUGAUUGCUAUAAUCUCUUUCUUUUUCGGUUUGUAGAGAUUGAUUAUUACUUUGAAGAAUAGCAGCAUUAAUUGUCAUUA